UGGAAGAGCAAUCAUUCUGGAGACUUACAUGAAUUUUGGAUGUUGACACCUUUACACUUCUGGAGUUCAAAUAUAACAUACAAGUCAUUUUACGAUUUGAUUCCAAAGUCUUAUCGCUUCAUAUUUAAAGAGUGAGAUUGAUUCAUCUUUGGUUAUGAUCUUGAGUUGGUUCUCCAAAUCUGGACAUAGACACAAUCAAGAAACAUUAUUAUCAUCCAAAGAUCGUGGGACACCUAACAACAGGAUACAGUGGACUUUUCAUUUUCAGGAGGAUUCUAUCUUGAAAGAGGUGCCGGGUCCCAUAUUUUUUAUAUUUUUUUUGGAUGCUUUUUUAUUACGUGCAUUUUAUUUUUCUAUUGGAAAAAAUUCCAUUUAAUUAUCCAUAAUUUUAUUACAAACAAAAUGCAACUUCAAGAAUGACGUGAUCCACUAUCUCUAUACCUUUUGGAAAUACAAAAUAGACUGGCUUACAUAUUACUAUGUAAAGAAAGUGCAACAUUUUUCUGACAAUAAUAAGUGAUUCCGAUUAAUUUACCAAGAGCCUAAUGGACUGUGCGGACAUCAGCAAAGAGACACUUAUGACAAGAAAUACUUAGCAUUAUUUGAUCUAACUGGUUGGUUGUGGAAUUUCCAGCUUUGGUGGCCCUUACUGCUGAAUAUAUCUGGGAGAUUUCCAGGUAAUUCAAGAUGCCCAGGGCAUUUCUGGUAAGGAAGUCCAGUUUGGGAAGUUGGAAGAGAAAGUGGAGUGAAGUACCUGAUGAUGACAGAGGAGAGAUGUACAUUCCAGUUACUUUAGAAUAUGUCCCCCAGAAAGAUGUUGGACCUCAGUAUGAUAAUGAUGUGGCUCUGGAUCUAUCUCUUCCUCACCUGCGUUGUGUAGCAAACCCUUCAUCCCAUCAAGGGACACAGAGGAACACAAGCCAAUCUUCUCAUGCUCAACAGCUGAGACUUUCACUUCAGGGUGAACAGAAGAUGCUGUUCAGCUGCACGCUCUGUGACAAGAGCUUUACAUAUCAAAGGAUGCUGAAUCGUCAUAUGAAGUGUCACAGUGAGGUGAAGAGACACCAGUGUGAGCAUUGCGGUAAAGGAUUCAAUGACACCUUUGACCUUAAGAGACAUGUCCGCACCCAUACAGGUGUCCGUCCUUAUAAGUGCCACCUAUGUGACAAGGCAUUCACUCAGCGCUGCUCCCUGGAGUCACAUUUGAAGAAGAUCCAUGGAGUACAACAGAAUUACGCCUACAAGGAACGUAGGACAAAGCUUUAUGUAUGUGAAGACUGUGGAUUUACAGCUGACAGCCAGGAGAACCACCUACAUCAUCUCCAGCACCAGCAUCCUGGAAGUGCUUUAAUCCAGCGUGCCUCCAAGAAACUGGCAGCAACAUUACAGAGUGGAGUCAACCCCUUACUGCACAGCAACCUCCUGCUCUGAAAUACUCAGGCCCAGAUUUACUAUUACUGUAGAUGGCGCAGGCUUAGACAGGCUGUCAAGACCCGCAGCAGAUAUAUCACUGUGGCUCUGGCUCGAUAAUAAAUCUGGUGCAGGGAUAGACACUUUCCACUGAUGCUAUACCAACUAAUCGUUGGUUCUCUUUGAGACAGAUUUUUACACCAGAAUUGCACUGAAAUUUGGCACAUAAUAGAGCAUCUUAGGACCAACCCCUUUUUCCACGAAGCUCUGCCCACUUUCUGCUAAGCCCUGCUCCCUCAUGGACUGAUUGGCCAUAGACCUUACAGGGAAAUUUCCAGGUGGGCCGAUGCCCAGGGGGCCGCCUGAGCCCUCAUCACGGCCGGCCAGUGGAAGUUUUU